AUGGAGGAACUACUUUAUGUACUCUCCUGUAUAAUAUCUGAGGAACUACUACCAACAACACAAGAAGAAGCCCGAAACUGUUCUGAGUGGAUUGGAGAACAAGUCUGUCAAGAUAUGAUCAGUGUGUUACCAGAAGAAUUGAUCAUCCGGAUCUUAUCGCUUAUCCCGACCAAAUAUGCAGUGAAAACCAUGGUCUUGUCGAAACGAUGGCGGUCUGUAUGGACUCUUGUACCUAAACUCUUUUACAAAGAAAGAGAUUUUGACGGAUGCGGGAGCUUAUCACGGUUUCUUAACAAGUCACUGGAGCUUAACAAGGCACCUAUGCUAGAAACUCUGUGUAUCCAACUCGGUUCACGGCUUCCUGUAGAUGCGGUUGGAAACUGGGUUGCGAAGGCAGUUGAUCGUUGUGUGCGUGAGAUAGAGCUCGAGAUCCAGCGGACAGCAGCGUUUACCAUCUUGCCUAUGUGUCUUUACACGUGCAAAACGCUUGUGGUAUUGAAUCUCACAGGGAAUAUUGGCGUGGAUGUUCCUUCCUCGGUUUGCCUCCCGUCUCUCAAAAGGCUGUUUCUUGUUUAUGUGGUCUAUCGAAACGACUACUCUCUGUUUAGGCUUCUGUCAAGCGCCAAUGCUAUCAGUGACUUGUAUGUGAAACGACGUCCAUACGACCAUGUGAGGAAAUUCAUUGUCGAAGUUCCUUCGUUACAAAUCUUCAGAUAUGUGAAUAUUCCAUCGAGAGAUCGUGUAGGAAAAGGCGUUGGGUCUUUGGUCAUUGAAUCCCCAGGUCUAAAGGAGUUGAUAAUCAAUGAUUUGUCUGGAGAUUCUUGCUUGAUCGAGAAUCUGCCUAACCUUAAUGAGGCGUGUAUCAAUGUUUUCGGUUACUUGGAUGACAAGCUUCUGAGAUCUAUUUCUUCAGUCACGUCUCUCGGUUUGUUUUUGACUAAACAAAUGUUUGCAAAUCCUAGCACCAUCCCCAACUUUUCCCGGCUCAUAACAUUGGACCUAUGUCCAUUUAUGUUCAGCUGGUUUAGACCACUUAUGCUUUUGCUUAGUAACUCUCCCAAACUUACCGUUCUUAGAGUUUUUUAUUGUCCCUCCUUUUUGUGGGUCAAUCCGAGUUCUGUUCCUGAUUGCUUAUUGUUCCAUCUCAAGACCUUUGAGUGUGUGCAAUAUGGAGGAAGAGAAGGAGAGAAACAACUUGUGGCCUACAUUUUAGCUAACUCCAAGUGUUUAGAGAAAGCGGUGAUCAGUGUGACGACCAAUUUCGGUGGUGAAUAUAAAGUGAAGAAGGAGAAGGAGUUGGAAUCUAUGUUUAGGGUCUCAGCAGCAUCUCAGCUUCUGUUUGAAUGA